CGGACCAAACAAACGCGGGUCGCUUCAAAAAUAUUCCGCCUGAAGCCAAAGAGCUGAACAUCUCACCGACUUCACGGUUUUAAUUCACCGCCACGACUCCUGAUGAAGUUCCGAGGGAAAAUCAUAGACGUCGCGUGUCUCAACCACUUCACCCGAGUCAUCACCACCAUCUCAAAGCUGACGAAGAUGUGCGUCCUGCGACUGACUCCAGACAACCUGUUCUUCGUUCUGUCUGGUAAAGUGGCCAAUGGAGGGGUCAGCAUGUGGUGUGAGCUGUCACAGGCCAACUUCUUCGACGAGUACCAGAUGGAGGGCGUGUCCUCUGAGGACAAUGAGAUAUGUCUGGAGGUGACUCCAGAGAACCUGUCCAGAGCCCUGAAGACGGUCCAGAACGCCAAGGCUGUCAAAGUGAAACUGACCAAGAAGCACUGUCCCUGCCUCACCAUCGCUGCAGAGCUGCCCACUCUGUCCAGCAUCAGUCGAGUCGUCACUCACGACGUCCCGGUUGACGUCAUCCCCAGGAAACUCUGGCAUGAAUUCAAAGAACCAAGCAUGCCAGACUUUGAUGUCAGUAUCUACCUGCCUCCUCUGAAGACCAUGAAGAACGUUGUGGACAGAAUGAAGAACCUCUCCAACUUCCUGGUAAUCGAGGCCAACCUGAGCGGAGAGAUGAACCUGAAGAUCGAGACUGAUCUGGUUUCUGUCACCACUCACUUCAAAGACCUGGGGAACCCUCCGUGGGGUGAUGACGCCUCACAAGACAGCAGUGCGUCUCAGAGCAGGGACGCAGAGGCCAUGGCUGAGGCCAGAGUGGACAUCAGGAGGCUGCAACAGUUCCUCAUGGGACAGCAGGUCAACCCCAGCAAGGCCAUGUGCAAUAUCGUCCAUCAGAGAGUCCUCCACUUGAUUCUGCUGCAUGAAGACGUGUCUCUCCAGUACUUUAUCCCCGCUGUGGCGUAGAUUGUCUGCAGGCCGCUCAAGUAACUUCUGCUCACUGUGAGUUUGGGGAAAGGAAAUAUGGGCUGAAAUCCUGUUCACGGUGUUUCCCCACAAAGGAAUCCUCUUUCAUGUGGAACCUAGAACGAGACAAAACCCACAAUGUCUGGAAGUCUGUCCUGCAUUUUAAUGAGACUGAGCUUGAUGUCAGUCCUCACAGUGGACAUGAGGAAGACGUUACCCACUGACCUGUGAUGGGAGUAAGGACAUGCAGGUAAAUACACAUUUCUGAAGGAGGAUGAUGCCAAAACGUGACAUUUUGACAGUUGAGAUACAAGAAAAAAACAGAACAAAAUUUGCACAAUCGUUGGUUUGGAUGUUCAGAUUGUUCUGUAUUUUGCAUUAAAAGUUUUGCAAAUUGCA